GCGUUCCAAUCGUUGUGGUUCAGAGAGGCUAGAUGUGCCAGAGAAACUAGCUGAGGGGCAUUGAAUGACUUUGUGUCCAACAAGGUAGUAGUACGUUAUUUUAGGGUAAAGGUGAAGCACAGGACUAUAACUAUGGAGGCCCUGAUACCUGUCAUAAAUAAAUUACAGGAUGUGUUUAACACGGUCGGCGCGGAUAUCAUACAUUUGCCGCAGAUAGUGGUCGUUGGAACGCAGAGCAGUGGGAAGAGUUCUGUGUUAGAAAGUCUGGUUGGCAGAGACCUCCUUCCUCGCGGGACCGGUAUAGUCACACGCCGGCCCCUCAUCCUCCAGCUGGUUCACAUCGACACAGAAGACCGCAGGAAAACAUUUGAGGAAAAUGGUAUUGAUGGAGAUGAAUGGGGCAAAUUCCUUCACACCAAGAAUAAGAUAUAUACAGAUUUUGAGGAAAUCAGACAGGAAAUCGAGGCGGAAACCGAAAGAUUAUCCGGCACAAACAAGGGGGUCAGUGACGAGCCCAUCCACCUCAAAGUCUUCUCCCCUCAUGUCGUGAACCUGACAUUGGUGGACCUCCCUGGGCUGACAAAGGUCCCCGUGGGCGACCAGCCCAACGACAUCGAGCUCCAGAUCCGAGACCUCAUCCUGAAGUACAUCUCCAACCCCAACUCCAUCAUCCUGGCCGUGACGGCCGCCAACACGGACAUGGCUACCUCCGAGGCCCUCAAGGUGGCUCGCGACGUCGACCCCGAAGGGCGGAGGACGCUGGCGGUGGUGACCAAGCUGGACCUGAUGGACGCGGGCACGGACGCCAUGGACGUGUUGAUGGGCAGGGUGAUCCCGGUCAGGCUGGGUCUGAUCGGCGUGGUCAACAGGAGCCAGCUGGACAUCAACAAUAAGAAGCUUGUGGCGGACGCCAUCCGCGACGAGUACGCCUUCCUCCAGAAGAAAUACCCCUCCCUGGCCAACCGGAACGGAACCAAGUACCUGGCUAAAACAUUAAACAGGCUGCUCAUGCACCACAUCAGGGACUGUCUUCCCGAGCUGAAGACCAGGAUCAACGUGCUGGCGGCCCAGUAUCAGUCGAUGCUGAGCGGCUACGGAGAGCCCGUGGACGACAAGAGCUCCACGCUGCUGCAGCUCAUCACCAAGUUCGCCGCCGAGUACUGCCACACCAUAGAGGGCACGGCCAAGUACAUCGAGACCACCGAACUGUGUGGUGGCGCUAGAAUCUGUUACAUCUUCCACGAGACAUUUGGACGAACACUGGAGUCAGUUGACCCUCUGGGGGGUCUGACCACCAUAGAUGUGCUCACGGCCAUCAGAAAUGCAACGGGCCCGCGGCCGGCUCUGUUCGUGCCCGAGGUGUCCUUCGAGCUGCUGGUGAAGCGGCAGGUGAAGCGCCUGGAGGAGCCCAGCCUGCGCUGUGUGGAGCUGGUGCACGAGGAGAUGCAGCGCAUCAUCCAGCACUGCAGUAACUACAGCACGCAGGAGCUGCUGCGGUUCCCAAAACUCCACGACGCCAUCGUGGAGGUGGUCACGUCCCUGCUGAGGAAACGCCUGCCAGUCACCAACGAGAUGGUCCACAACCUGGUGGCCAUUGAGCUAGCCUACAUCAACACCAAGCACCCGGACUUUGCUGACGCCUGUGGCCUGAUGAACAACAACAUAGAGGAACAGCGACGCAACAGGAUGCGGGAACUGCCCUCCUCCGUGCCCCGGGAUAAGUCCCUUAAGGGCCCCGGUGGGCACCCUCUGUCCCCCACGGAGCCCUCUGAGGGGGAGGUCCCCAAGGGGACGGCCGGCGGGCCCCAGGCGGGGGCCGAGCAGGUGGACGGGGGGACGGGGGGCUGGAGGGGCAUGCUGAAGAAGGAGGACGGGAUGCCUGGGGACAAGAACGCCUUCCCCUCCAGCCCCAUGAGGGGCAACGCGGUCAACCUCCUGGACGUCCCCGUGCCCGUCGCCAGGAAACUGUCCGCCCGGGAGCAGCGGGACUGUGAGGUCAUCGAGAGGCUCAUCAAGUCCUACUUCCUCAUCGUCCGGAAAAACAUCCAAGACAGUGUCCCCAAGGCGGUGAUGCACUUCCUGGUGAACCACGUGAAGGACUGCCUGCAGAGCGAGCUGGUGGGGCAGCUGUACAAGUCGGGCCUGCUGGACGACCUGCUCACCGAGUCCGAGGACAUGGCCCAGCGGCGCUUCGAGGCCGCCGACAUGCUCAAGGCGCUGCAGAAGGCCAGCCAGGUGAUAGCCGAGAUCAGAGAAACCCACAUGUGGUGAGGGUUCCCCCUCCCACCCCCCCCCCCCCCAUCCAUCCUACCUCCACAGCCACCUCCACCCCCCCCCCCACCAGCCCUGUACCCCAACACCACUCUGCCACCCCCCAAACACAGGACAACUUGAACAAAAAGGCACUGGUGUCAGUAUGCAAGGUACUAUCGGGUUGUACGUGGAACACGGACUCUGAAAUAUAAUCCAGAGGGCAGCGUAUCUGUCUCUCUCGUGGCCUCGUAUAUAUGGCAAAUGCUUUUUUUUAUUCUUUUUGUGGAACAACUUUUGUUUGUAAUGGACGGCAGAGGCCGUGCACGGAGGUUCUGCUGGGGCUGAGUUUGGAUAUUGUGCAUAUGUGUAGAUGCCGAGUUGUAUAGAUGCCGAGUUGUGUACAUGCCGAGUUGUGUACGUGCCGAGUUGUGUACGUGCCGAGUUGUGUACGUGCCGAGUUGUGUACGUGCCGAGUUGUGUAGAUGCCGAGUUGUAUAGAUGCCGAGUUGUGUACAUGCUGAGUUGUGUACAUGCUGAAUUGUGUACAUGCUGAGUUAUGUACAUGCUGAGUUGUGUACAUGCUGUUUCCUCCUUAUCCUCGGCGCCGUCUCUCUUUUAAGUUAUGAGGUAUUAUUAUUCGCAAAAAUCGGUUUACUGCUGCUGCUCUAUCCAAAGAAAUGCACUUCUUUUAAAUGUCCUUUGGAACUCCGUUGUACGGAGGACGUAAAAAAAAAUUAAUAAAGGUAUUUUGUGGGUUUUAUUUUUCUACAAGAAAGUUUUUUUGUGUUUUUUUUUUUGGCCUCUCCAUCGCACGUAACAACUCUAAGCUCGCUUCCUGUCUCAUGGUGUAUCGAGUAAACAUCCUUCUGUGUUUCAAAAAAACAGUCUGCAACGGAUUUAUCUGAUUGCUAGGCCUACACGACUCAUUCACCUGACCACUGUCUGUACUUUGAACGUGCACAUGUAUUUGGUCCGUUUCUUUUUUUUUUUUUUUUUUGUGUAAAGCUCACCCUGUCGACGUGCCACAAGAAAAAAAGCAUCACACACUGAGACUCCUGAUAUGAAUGUAUGAUGACCUGUUUAUUGACGUGAUACACAGAUGUUUUGAAAUGUAGCUCAACACAAAAAGGAGGAACGACCACCCAGAAUCACCCGGGGCCCCGGGCUCCUGAGCAGAGUCAAGCCCCGCCCCCGACUCAAGCUCCGCCCCCGACUCAAGCUCCGCCCCCGACUCCCUCCGGGGAGCUCCUUCACCUCAGCCGGCCCGCCAAUUUGCCCUUGCCGCGACCUUUGGCACUAGAGGAGAGAGGCGUUCAAGAACAAGUCAUUUGUGAGCCAAGCCUCAGCAGAAGUGUGAUUAGACACCCAUGUUGGUUUUUUGAAGCAGCACUUGUUCAUGUAGUGUUACGUUAAAAUGUAUCAAUGGUUUAUUUUGGCUGUCAGUAUUUUUUCUUUCGCUGUUGCUUGUGUUUCCCAAAUGGUCAAAUUCAUGCUUAUCGGGUCCCUUCUAUAGCGUGUGGAGUGCGAGUGUGUGUAAAGUGUUAGGUUAUUUUGGCUGUUGACUUUUGCCACCGCUUUCUAAAUGUAAGACAAGAUUAGACAACUCAAGCCUUUUGAUUCCCCAGGAUCAUUUGUAUAAGGAUUUAACUAUUUGUCACAACAGAAUAAUAUUAGUAAGCUGAUAUUUUAGACCGUGGCAUAUGUACAUGCACUAUUCUAAUGUAAUGUUAUGUCUAUAAUUGCAAUACUUUUGCCAUCUAAAGCUGAUUUGAUGCAACGUACAAUGCAAAUACAUUUGACAAAUGUUUUUCAUUUGGGAUGGUUGAACGUGAUGAGUGAGUUUGAUGGAGUGAUCUGGUUUAGCAUUUAAACAAGAGUUAAAUAAAUAAUAAGAUGAACACUGGA